GCAUUAGAAUCAAAGUCAAGAACAUUUCAAGUGCUAGAAAGACCUUCAGAGAGAGAGAGACAGAAUGAGAGCUAACGUUCACGUCAACCUUUCUAGGAUAGAAUUUUUGAAACUUCAUUCUGGACUUCCCAACUCACCCAACUUUGAAAGAUGCCUUCCAACUAGAUAAAGAAACAUUCCUCUCAUCUACAAGAACAGUCAUAGCCAAAUACAAUGUAAAUAUGUUCUUUCUUUUUUUUUCCUGACUGAAAGAGAGUUGGAGAUAAAAACAUUUGUUUCAAUUGAGAGAUUGGCAUGGCAAAGAGAUCAGAUUUUGCCCAGAAGCUCUUGGAUGACCUCCGAUUGCGGAAGGAGCGAAUGGCCGCAGCUCAAAGAUCAAAAGGUACAAAGCGGCCACUGCCUGCAGAUGCAUAUGCCUAUUCCAAGAGAAAAGGAUCAAUGGAAUUAAAAGCUCAGGAAAAUACCAGUUUUAGAGCAGGGAGUAGGUCUGAUGGAGGUAAUAGAUUACUCACCAAUGGGCAGGCUUCAAAUCAGAUUGUUCCUUUUGGGCGAGGCCAGAAGUCAGAACAUAUGGGAAAUCUGUCGACAGCGCUGGCUUUUGCCCUUGAAAAUGGAGGAAAGCUCAGAAUAGAUUCUUCAGGCAAUGGUUCAGUGCUCAGUUUUCUCCACCAAAUUGGUGGUAGGAGAGAAUUGGACUAUGGAAAGAUGGAAAGAAGAAACAUUGCAGUAGAUAGGCCUCCAUCUUCUGCUAGCCACUUGCGUAGUCUCUCUAAUCUCCAUAUUGAAGAAAUAUCUAAGGGGGCACAAAAGUUGAACCAGAUCCUUCGAGCAUGCUCUAAUGGCCUGAACUUUGACAGGUACUCAAUUGAAAUUGGAAGGGAACUGUUAAAAGGAGCUGUGGAUUUGGAAGAGUCUCUGAGGAUGCUUGUAGGCCUGCAGGAAGCUUCAGAGUAUAUGAUCAACCCACAGAGAAAAAGUCGGAUCACAUUGCUUGAAGAUGAUGAAGAUAAUGAUGACAAUAGUGUCUUAGUAGCUGAACAAAAACAACUAGACAGACCAAAAUUUUCUUUUGACAAGCCCUCAAGAAAUUAUCACAAGAAGCAAGAAGUGGCAAAGACUGAUAUUAGGCUGAGAUUGGCAGCUGUAACCUACUCUUCAGAGGCUACUAGGUUCAACCAUCAAAAGCAAGUUCCAGCUGACACAACUCCAAGUUCUCACAAGCGGUCAAUUAGCUAUGGCCCUGAAACAUUUUCAGAAAAAAACCACUCAAGUUCAUCACAAACCAAACAAGAAAAGGGGAGAAUUCCAAAUGUAAUUGCAAAACUGAUGGGGCUGGAUGAACUUCCAGGAAAUGUAGAUUCAAAGUAUACUGCACAGAAAGAUUUCAAUGCAAAGCAAAAGGUUGGAAUCAUGAUGUCAAAGAAACCUGCACAAGAAAAUAGCAAGAAGGUUGAACAGAGGGCAACAGUUACUGAAAAUCUAGAACUCCCAUCUGUAAGACAGAGAGGUAUACAAGCAAGUGUGAUUCCAGCAAUUCUGGAUACUGCUGCAUCACAAUCAGGAAAAAAUCUGGCAGACAGAAAUGGUAGCAUGCUGUUAGCCAUAAAUGAUAAAACACCAGCCUUGAAAAACUUGGAAGAUAUAAAAAUGGUGAAAGGCUCAAGAAAGGCCACCUACAAGACAGAUAAAGAACAAAGCAACAGCACUCAAUUGAACCUUCAUAUUAGAAGCCGAAAAGAGAUUCAGGAAAAGGAAAGAAAACAAGAUAGUCUAAAGCACAGAGAACAAACAGGCACAGGAAAAGGUGAAACCAAGGAACUGGCCUCCAAAGAUGAGCUGCCCCAGAUGAUACCAGAUUCACAUAAAAAAUUAGAAGCUGCACUUACAUUGCAAGAGAAAACAGCAAGCAGGGAGAGCAUGAUUCAGGCAGAAAGUGGCUACACGAACAAGCUUCUCCUUGGCAGUCAACAAAAGCUGCAUGUUACCCUUGGAUUCCAACAACUAGAAAUGUUCCAAAAAUCUGAACUCCAUGACAAAAGGCACCGAACAGAAGAGGAGCAGCAGAAUGCAAAAGAGAAACUGCAAGGGAAGAAGCAAAAAGGAAAUAAAUCAAUAUCCAUUAGUUUAUUGAAGACCAUGCAUACUGCAACUAAUUUUCAAAAGAAGAAGACACAAUUGGACCAAGCCACAGAUAGCAGGAAAGGUUCCACAGAACACACUGACAAAGUGCAAGUUGAUGGCUUCCAAAAUGGUAGGCAUCAUCAAGAUCAUGGCAGAGAUAGUAGUUCUACCAACUCCAAUGUGAAGAUGAAAGAUUCAAUAAGAAGAAACUCAAGUCAGAAUUCUUCUCGAGGAGAUCAACAAUCUGAAACAGCAAGAGCUGGAGUCCAACCAACCAUGGGAGAUAAACAAGUUCAAGCACAACCACAACCAAAAGCAAAGGGCACAAAAAUUUACAAACCUGAAAUUCCUCGAAUGAUUGAUGAACUAAUGAUAAAAAGAAGUGGAACUCUAUACAAGUUGCCUAGGCCGCUAACACAUCAGAGUUCCAUCUUGCAAGAAGGGAAACAAAGAGGGUCGGAAAAAUUCUCCAUGUCCAAAGAUGCAGACCAAGUGAAAGUCAGCAAGUCCAAAGAAGUAGAAGGACACAUUAUCAAAUCCAACAAAACAGAAGCAAGCAUCCAAUCACUUACUGGAACUCAAGAGCUGAAUAAAGGAGCCCGGGACGAAUCAUUUUCCUUUAGUUCUCCAAAAGACAAAGGCCAAAGCCUAGAAUCUCAAGCUUCAGCAAAUGACAGUGAUCAAAAGGUAACCUCCAUGGUUAAAAACAAUCAGCAAGUUCCAGAAUCUGAGUUGGACACAGAUCGAGAAGAGCUUAAGUUUCAUAAUGAUCAACCAGGAACUGAUGAAGAAAGAAAGAAAAUGUCUAUUCCUUCAAAGUCAGAGCACCAGAAACCUUGCAAACCUGAGAUCCCAGAGCCAUUGACAGAAAGUGAAGAUCACCUUAAGCAGAUACUGGUUAGAAGUCAACUAUUUCUGAACACAGCAGAGGCACUUUUCAGACUUAACAUUCCUUUUGGCAUUCUAGAUUCCAGCGAUCGCAGUUGUCAAGAUGAAGAGAGCAAGAUUAUAUUAGACUGUGGCUAUGAAGUAAUGAAAAGAAAGGGAAAAAGGCAGGAGUUAAGUGUCCAUCCAUUUAUGAAUGUAUUGAUCCCACCCAUAAAAGUAAGAUCUUUGGAUGACUUGGCAAAGCAUUUGCAUAGAGACUUCGAGAAGCUAAAGCUCUAUGGAAACAACAGGAAUGUCGACUUCGUCUCUGAAGACUACAUACCUAAAAUGAUCGAGAAUGAAGUCUACAACAUAAACCCAGAUGUGAAUUGUAUGUGGGACUUGGGUUGGAAUGAUAUGAUAUUUGCAUUCCUUGAAAAGGAUGAUGUCAUAAGAGACGUGGAGAGGCAUGUAUUUAAUGCACUCCUAGACGAGAUCACCAGAGAUCUUUAUACAAGUGUUUCAGCUUGAUUUUAAGCAAAGUUGGUUUUGUAACUCUAGUCAGAAAUUUUCCUCUGGCUAUAUAUGUACUUUUUUUUCCCCGGGAUGUAUCUCAAACUCUAAUGUCUAUUUGCACAAUCUGAAUGCAUGCACUUCAAAGUUUUCUUAAGCACUUUCUCCCUCUAAAGAUAAAUGUUGUAGUUUUAU